GGAUGGAUCCAAGUUGAACUCAACAGGGACGUGUUACCUAUUACGCUGCAAUUUAUCGGUUUCUUUCAGACGCUGCCGGCGGCCGAUCACCUGAGAGACCCAGCGGAGGCGAGGAGGGAGAAAAGGGGAGGGGAGAAGAGGAGAGGAGAGAGAGAGAUGGUAAACUCAUCGGUGGUGAACAUGUACCCACUAUCGAACUACACGUUCGGCACGAAGGAGGCGAAGAUGGAGAAGGACACGUCCGUCGCUGAUCGCUUGGCCCGGAUGAAGGUCAACUAUAUGAAGGAAGGAAUGCGGACAAGUGUUGAGGGUAUUCUACUGGUUCAGGAGCACAAUCAUCCCCAUAUACUGUUACUGCAAAUAGGAAAUACAUUUUGUAAGCUCCCUGGUGGACGUUUAAAGCCUGGAGAGAACGAGAUUGAAGGUCUGAGGCGAAAGCUUUGUAGCAAACUUGCUGCAAAUUCACCUUCAUUUCAACCGAACUGGCAGAUUGGUGAGUGUGUUGCCAUUUGGUGGAGACCCAAUUUUGAAACUGUUAUGUAUCCAUAUUGUCCUCCUCAUAUUACCAAGCCCAAGGAGUGUAAGAAGCUUUUCCUCGUUCAUCUGUCAGAAAGAGAAUAUUUUGCUGUUCCAAAAAAUUUGAAGUUGCUUGCUGUUCCCUUAUUUGAACUCUAUGACAAUGUUCAGAGAUAUGGUCCUGUUAUCUCGACCAUCCCACAACAGUUGUCGAGAUUCCAGUUCAACAUGGUCUCCUCAUGAAGCUGAUGCGAACAAAUUAUGAAACAUAAUUCUUCAGCAAUGGAGUCAAAUUGAUGUUAAUGCAGUCGCAAAAUUCUGAAGUGAACCCAUCCCGACCCUGCCCUUUACAUAAGACUCUGAAUCAUCAUGUAUAUUUGACAUUUACUCAUAUGAACACGAAACACGAGUCAUCUAUAAUUAACUUCUAACUCAUGUUUUCUGUAUUGAUGUCCUGAGGCUUGGUACAAGUGGGAGAAAACAAGAGGUUUUAUUUGAAUGCUGAGAAAAUUGUACAUGUUGGAAUGGAGCUGCUUGAUCAUGAUCCUGGUGCUCAUCUCAAAAACAAGUAUGCAAUGAUCUGAAUGAAUCAGAGACAGCCAUAUUCCAUGUUGAGAUUAUGGAUUUCUGCUCAUACUACCGGGGGUGGAUGAUUGUGCUUGCCUUGGUUUAUAUCGCAGUUGUCUCAUUUUGA